AUGUCGAACCUCAUCGAUGCGGACGCGGGCACCGAACGCUUUGGCGGCUACGAAGCUGAGCUGAAGUUGGUACAAGCCGACCUGAGCCAGCAAAUAGAGCAGAUCAAGGAGACGACUGGAGAGCCAAGGAAGGCAGCAAUCAGUCGGGCGGAAAGAGCGUUGGAGGAGGCGGACGAGCUGAUGGGCCAAAUGCGCCUUGAGAAGUCCAACAUACCCGCGAACCUCAAAUCCAAAUACAACGCCCGCUUCCGCAACUUCGAGCACGACAUCGACACUACCAAACGCAAACUCGAAAGCUACACCAAUGAUCGCAGCAAGCUCUUUGGCGACCGCUACACCGACAACCCAGAAGGCGCGGAUGCCCAGCUCGAACAGCGCCAGCAACUGCUGUCCGGCACCGACCGCCUGAACAGGUCGUCAGGCCGCUUAAGGGAGUCGCAGAGGAUUGCAUUGGAAACGGAGCAGAUCGGCGCGGGAACGCUGAGUGAUUUGAAUAGGCAGCGGGAGCAGAUUACCAACACAAGGGAGAGGCUGUUGGAGAGUGAGAGUUAUACCGAUCGCAGUAUCAAGACGCUACGGGGCAUGGCGAGACGGUGCGUGCCCAUCCCCUACAUUCUACACUUCCUCCCUGUUGAUGCAGCGUCUAGCUGGUCGCCCUUUUGA